AUGAACGUCAAUGUUCCGAGUGUUGUGCUGCCUAGCGGCUCACGUAUGCCGCUUAUAGGAUUAGGUGUAUACAAAGCUAUGCCUGGUGAAGAAACGUACAAGGCGGUUCUUUCAGCUCUGCGUUUGGGCUACCGUCACAUUGAUACUGCACGUUUGUAUGAAAACGAAGCUGACGUCGGCCGUGCCGUUCGGGAUUCCGGGAUUCCACGUAAAGAGCUUUUUAUUACAAGUAAAUUACGUGAAGUUCACUGGGGUUAUGAAAAGGCCAUUGAAGGUGCACGUUCAAGCAACGAUCUUAUUGGGUGUGACUACAUUGACCUGUUCCUGUUGCACCAGCCAUUUGACCCCAAGCUACGGGCCGACACUUGGCGAGCUCUCGAGGAUCUGCAAACUGAAGGAAUUUUACGAAAAAAUGACAUUUUGCUGCAAGCUUUCUCACCUUUAGCAAGAGUCAAGAAGAUUGAAGACCCAAGGCUUGUUGAAAUUGCAAAGGAGGUGCAGGCUACGCCAGCACAAGUGCUGAUAGCGUGGGAUUUAGCCAAGAACUUUACCACGCUUCCAAAGUCUGUGCAUGAAGCGAGGCAGAAGGAAAACCUGGAAGCAGUGAAUGUGAAGUUGACACCGGAGCAAGUUGCACGUCUGGACGCACUUAAUGAAGACUAUUUCUCAGCCACUGACCAUGUCAGCAACUCUGCCGUUUAA